CUUAGUCAAUCCCAUAUCCACAUUUGGACAGAAGAGAGUGGUUUUUUCUCCCCUUUUUUGAAAUCUAGUGCUCACUCAACUCACUCUCACGCGUAAACAUUAUUACUUUCUGCUCUUAUCUUUCCUCUUUAGGAAAACAUUCAUGCUACAAACCAGACAGAUCACAGGACAGGAAAAAGAAUGCUCUCUUUGAUUUUUGUUGCAUAGCUAGUCUCUCUUGUGUGGCUUGAACCGGCCCAAUUCAUAUCUUUUCUCCAGAAAAGCAAGAAGCCCCAAUUCAGAUCUCCACAAAACCAGAAUCACAUCACCAAAAUAUCCCCAUAUUUUUGUCUCAAAAACCCAAACUGGUUUUCCUUAUCCCAUUUUUGUUUUUCAAAUUAAUCAAACUGACUCGCUUAGCCUGCUCGCGGGUUGCAGUGAAAUUAGGGAUGCAGGACCAAUCAACAUUUCAAUUACAGGCAACGAAUCUACAGUUUCCGGAGAAAGAGCAGCUGAAAUGUCCUCGCUGUGACUCCAACAACACAAAAUUCUGCUACUACAACAACUACAACCUCUCUCAACCCCGCCACUUCUGCAAGAACUGCAAGAGAUAUUGGACCAAAGGUGGGGCUCUUAGGAACAUCCCCGUCGGCGGUGGCACCCGCAAGAACAACCAUAACAACAACAACAAGAAGCGAUCCUCCAACAACCACCAUCCCAAACGCCCGAAACCCGCUGUAGAUCCUGACUUGACCCAAACCGAAAACCCAUCACAAGCAGCCGCGGGUAUGGGUCUGGAUUCCGAGCACGCGCGGAUUUACAGGUCGCCCUUGGAUCAGGAGAGGAAGAUUCUGGAUGUCAGUGGUAGCUUUAGCUCGCUAUUGGCGUCGAGUGGACAAUUCGAUGGUCUUUUGGAAGGGCUGAAUCGAAAUGGGUCGAAUUUGAAUCCGGGUCCAGACCCGAGAUUGCAACUGAAUGGUGUUGGACCUAGUGGUAAUGAUAGUGAAGAUGGGGAUUCAAGUUGUUGGAAUGGAAAUAGUAACAGAAGGUCAGACUUAGCUAUUUACACUCCAGGUUCAAGUUUUCAAUAGAGAGAGACAUAAUAUUAUAAUUAAUUAUGUUUUGCUAGUGCUGCUGAUUAUCCUUAUUUUGCAUAAUCCCUAAUUAUCAUAACAGCAUAGACAAAAGCUCUCUUUCUCCAUAUAUAUGGGUAAAUAGGUAAUGGUUUGUUCUUGAGUGACCUGUUUGUGCUGUGUAUGUAUUUUUUAUAAAUUGAAAAGAAAGGGAGAUGGAUGGAGCUUUCUUUCUUUCAUUUUCUUGUGAGACUAUUUUUUUUCGUGAGAGUAUCUCUGGCAUGUUAAAGCAUGAGUGGUAAGAGGAUUGGAUAAGUUUGUUGUUUGUGAAAGACAUAGUGUAUUGGUAUGGGAGAAAUAUAUAGGAAAUCCAUUGUCCCUAAAUAUUUUGGACUAGAGUCUAACAAUAGGCAGACAAAGUUCAAACAUACUUGCUUGCUUGCUUUUGUCUUAUUAUGCUACUAUGUUGGUUU